AGAAAAAAGAAAAGAAAAGAAAAAAAAAAAGAAAAGGAAAAGAGAAUAAAAAUUAUACAAUACUAGAUACUCUAGGAAUAAGACAUAACUCAUCAAAUGAUUGCAUUGACUAUUGUCACGUAAUGCUUACAAUUUAAUAGAGAAACUUCGUACCUGAGUAUCUGAGUUCUCGCGUGUACAAUGAAAAAAGAAGCAAUGCCAGAAAUAACGUUCCUCUCAGCGAGUAAUUCGCCUAUUCUUCACGCUCUGGCGAGAGCCAGUAAGGAGGAUAAUCCUUCUGGUUCCUCGAUAACAUUAAAUCUUAAACAAUGUGUAAAGCAUAAGCUUCAGUAUUCACAAUUGCCUAUAAAAUGUCAACGAACGAGCCCGUAUUAUCGACCUGUCCGUAAUCCAUUUAAAUUAGUCGGAUUAAGUGCAAUAAAUCAUAGUAACGUGUCCAUUGCGACAAUUAAAAGUUGCCCAGAUAGUAAUCACUCAAAUUCGGCCUGUUCUUCACCAAUUUUACGUGCUAUCGGUUCGUCACGCUUUAGAAAGAGCUUAUCCAUGACCGAUCUUUCACUUGCGACUAUAGAUCCAGAUAUAGCUGAUUUCAGAUCAGAUAGUAAUUCAUCGUUAGGACAUCGAGAGGAUUUAGGAGAACGUAGCAAGGACACCGUAGGAAAUAAUAACGGUGUCCUAGGAAUCGGACAUCGAACAUGGACAAAGAAUUUCUUGUCUGCUAACAUCGAAGAGGGUGGUAACUGUCUUUCGCAGAAUCCGGGAAAAGCCGCGAGUAUUCUUUGUCACGUAUUGGUACUGAAUGCUUGGAGACGCAGACGAGCAGACGUCGGCCAGCUUCAGGAAACGAUCGACGAAUUAGCACGGCAAAUCGAGCAUCUACGCUUGCAAAUCAUUGUUCUCCGUCGUUUACUUGAGACGGAGAAUGGCCGUGUCAAUAAAUUGAGUUGGGAGACUCAACGUACGAAAACUCAGUUCGAGGAGCUUUCUCAGGAACGUGACGUUCUCAAGAAGGAAAAAGAUAAAUUGGAAGAAGAAGUCAAAUCUCUAGAGGAUAUUUCCGAGGAACGAUUGGUGGCAACGGAAAAUCUUAGAAACGAAUUGCUCAACGCCCAAAAUCAACUUCAAGAUUUGGACGGACAGAUCGCAAGAGAUCGUGAGAAAUUGUUAAAAUUACGAGAAGACAAAAGGAUUCUUUUGGAUAAGAUAUCCGCAAGCGAAGCUUUAGCUAUAGAACGUGGUAGCAGAGCAGAUAGGGCUGAAUCUGCCAUCGAGGAUUUGCAAAUUCGAUUGGCUGCACACGUCGCACUUGUCGAUUCUGCACAGGAACAGAAUCAACGAUAUGCCAAACAGUUGAAGGACACGGAAGAUGAACGAAUGAAAUUGGAGAAACAGUUGCGAUUGAGUGUAGAAACGGGAAAAGCUUUAAGCUUGCGUUCAAACGUUCUUGAAAAUCAACUAGCCGAUAAGGAAGCUGCCUUGCAUCGUAUCGAAUCAAUAUACAAUGGUCAACUAAUGGAACUGAACGAAUUGAAGGAACGUUUGAUCAGACAAUCUCAAGAAGGAGGAUGGAGCAGUCGAGUUUUACAAAUUGCUGGAAGCGUUGUUCGUGCGCCACGAGCUAUUUUACGUACUCUAUCUUUUUUAUCCAGCACUACUGUACCAUCUUAGUUGUUAUCAGUCCAAGUAUGAUUGAGGAAUACGUUAAACGUCAAUGACGAGGUUGAUAUCGAUGUUGAGAAUGUUCGAAGUCAAAGAACAAUUUACGAAGAGCUUUUUACCUUUCGUCGAUCACGAGAUGAACUCUUACGGAGAAGUUAUUGCACAUUAUAUAGGGAGGACAGAAAUAACGGGCAGUUCUGAACAAAAUUUGCAAGUAACACACGUCGGAAGAAAUAUUAUUAGAUUGUCUUUAUUUUUAGUAUUCUUUUCUUUCUUUUUUUUUUUUUUUUUUUUUGUUUUUCUUUCUUUUCUUUUUUGGGAAGAAAAUUUACUCGCCGCUGGAGAUCGAUGGUUUUAUAAUUAAGGAUAUUAUUAUUACAUGAUGAAUAUUAUCUAUAAAAUCAUGUGGAAUAUAUAACGGGUGGGAUAGGUUUAGAAUGUAUACGAAUAAAUGCUCGUUAUAUGCUUUUUAAUCUAUAAGUUUUACACUUCUUUUCGCGUAUUUUGAUAAACUGAUAAAAACAAAGUAUCGUCAACCCCGACCGCUAAGAUAACGACGUGUGAUCUGUUUUUACCAGAAGACGGAACUAUGUGUAUCUAUUUCGAUUAUAUAAAUAUGAUUCUCUCUCGUGUUAUUACGAUUUCUUCAUUCUUUUUUCUUAUUUUGUUCGUAGUUUUCGUGUCUCAAUAUCAGAGAAUCCUGAUGUUUUCGACAAUACAGUUGCAAAGCAAUUAAAAGGAAGCAUAAUUUGGAAUAUGCUUGCGGCUUAUACUAUAGUUUUUUUUUCUUUUUUCUUUUUUUUUUUUUUUUUAU